GCGGCUCAGUCUGUCCGCUGCUGCUGCCGCGAGCCCGCGGCGCCUCUUCUCAGCUCGCUGCCGCGGCGGCCUCGCGUCUCCAUCCCUUCCCCGGCGGCGGGUUCUUUGUGCCGGCGCGGCCCCCGCCCUCCGCGCGGUUUUUCAAAUCGUCGGGGCAAUCGUCGCCACCCUCCUCUCGCGCUCGGCAGUGGAGAGCGCGCGGCCCGGCCAGACGCCCGCGACCAGACAGUGCUGCUCCGCUCGAGGGAAUACGCGCGAGUGCCGCGAAGCAGCCGGGAAAGCAGCCGCGAACCAGCCGCGAACCAGCCGCGAACCAGCCGCGAUCCAGCCCAGCCGAGGGUUCGAGCGAGCGCAGCGAGGAGUGCCGGGCAGCGGCGGCGCGGCGGGUGUGAUGUUGCUGGAGUCGCGCGCGCUCGCCGGUAGGAAGCGCAACGGCCUGACCCUGUCCGCCUUCGGGGCCGGAUCUCCAGCGAGCGAGGAGGACGAGGAGGACGAGCGGCCCCAAGGCAAGAUGCAGGCGGAGGCGGCCGCCGGGGGCAGCGGCGCCGUCGCCGGGGCCGCGGCCGCCAGCAGCGCCGGCAGCUCCUCGCCCUCGCCGAACGGCAGCCUCCUCGGCACCAGCUGCGGCUCCAACUCGGCCAGCCGGCAGUGCGCCACGGACUUCAGCAUCGCGGCGAUCAUGGCCCGGGACUCGCGGGCCGCGGCGGCCGCGGCGGCCGUGCACGCCGGCCAGCAGCGGCUCGCCGGGCCCAGGCCCCAGCAGCUCGGUGAGUCCGACCCGGCCGACAAAGAGCCGCCCGCUCGUGCAGGUAAUAGCGGACCCGCGGCGAUCAGCGCAAAGGCCGAUGCGGCGAUCGAUAAGCGAUGACCCUUCGGCUUUUGUCCGGCGCGCGAUUGACACGCGAUUAUAGCACGCGCGCGAGCCUCUCCUCCUCCCCGCUGCCCCGGCGACCUCGAGCGGCUUCUCUC